ACCUGGACACACCUGAAUUUCCACCCACUGAAAGUUGUUACACAAUAACAAUAGAAGUAGGAAAACGAUGCAAGAGACAUUCCAUAAAAUUCCCAAAUUCAUUGUUUGAUAAUCGUUGAGGUUAGGUGAAAAGCUGUUUAACAUCAAACCAAUAGAGCUGGGACACAAAGAAGGAAACAGACAAUGUGAUGUGACUUCAGUCAAAGUAAAAACACUCAAUCAAGCAUAGACUCACUGACAGAUUCACCAAGACAAACGGACAAAGUCUGGAGACAUUGAACACCUAAAAAUAAAACAAUGUCUGAGAUCCUGCCGUUAAACCUGGAGCUGCUAGAAGACAGCCCCUCCAAAACCAGCGGGGUGACUGCUGAACCUCAACCCCCAACAUGGGGGGAAGAGGAGAAGGUGAUUAAAGAAGUGGGGGAAGAUUUGGAAAAGAGGAGGGAAGAUGAAAUGGUUAGUUCGGCUAAAUUGGAGCCUACCACUCUGCAAUGGCCAGGUGACAGGGAUGUAGAGAGAACUACAAAGAACAGAAGUGCAUUGACUGUGAAAGAAGAUAAGGGAAGGGGAAAGGGGGAUGACCCUGAGGGAGAAAGGAAGAGUGUGUACUCCAUGUGCACCUCUCUUCAAGAAGGAGAAAGGCAGAUGGAGAGUGAGAGAGGGCUGGGUUUGGGAGCAGAGAGAAUGAGAACAGAGGAAGACUGGAUGGAGAGAGAGGUGCAGGACCCAGGGCUGUGUGAGAGAGGGCUGGGUUUGGGAGCAGAGAGAAUGAGAACAGAGGAAGAAUGGAUGGGGAGAGAGGUGCAGGACCCAGGGCUGUGUAAGAUAGGGAAGAAGGUGCAGGUAGAGAUGGAGGUGGAAGAUGAUAUGAACUAUUUGCCUGAGAAGGCAGCGCAGGUCUUCAACCCAUCCGUCACCAUCCUACACUCCUCUAGUGCUCCGACGUCUCCCAGCGGAAGGGAGGUAUUCUGGGAUGUGGAUGCAGAGAAGAGCUGCCUCCUCAUCCCCCAGGGAACCCCACCUGAUGGCUACUACCACGACUGGCCAGUGGAGCGGGGGUCCUCAAAAUGUGGUUGUGACUGUGCCAACAGGGAUGCUCUCAAAGUGGGGGUGUCUGUGUUCACCGCAGCUCUGAUUUUCCCCCUCCUAGUGUGGGGGGGCUAUGUCUUCCUGCCUUUUGAUGCCCCACUGCUGGACAGUGCCCCCCUCAGGCUGGUCUACACACUGCGCUGCUCUGUCUUCGCUGUGGUGCCCAUCAUACUGGGCUGGUUGGUGCUGGGUGUCUCCAGGAUGCGGUUGGGGGAUGUGAAGCUGCUGCGUGAAUUGGAGGCCAGGGAUGUGGGUGUGCACCGGCGCUAUGUGGAUGACUCUGUCACCCUCUUUCUGCUCUACUUCUUGCAGCUGGCCGUAAUGGCGCCCUACCUGAGCCAGGACCUGCUCAAACUAGUGCCCCUGCUCACCAUCAUCUUCGCCUUCGGCAGACUGAUGUACUGGGUGGCAGCUGCACUGGGCAGCAGUGUUCGGGGCUUUGGCUUCGGCCUGUCCUUCCUGCCCACUGUGGCCAUGCUGGGUGCCAAUCUCUACUUCAUCUUCACCAUGGACGCUGGGGGCACCAUUUUUGCCCAGGAUGUGAUGCACCAACAAGACCAACCCUCAGCCUCCCGCCAGAGGUUCUGGGGAUAGGAGGAUGGAGGAAAGGCUGAAGGAAUGCAAGGAUGGGGAAGAGGGACAGGAUCUGUUUUACCAACUGGUAGAAUUUAACUUUCAAAGGGUUACUAUGUAAACUGUAGUGGAUCGUGCUAGUGUGAUUUUUAAACCACACUGAUGAUGUGUAGAAUAGACUGGGCAAUGGUAGUCAGUGAUAGAGCUUAUAAAAACAGUUUUUGGAGAAAGUUUCUAUAUUAUAAUUCAUUUUCUUGCAUGGCAUUAUACCAUCACUUUGGUGAAACAGUAGAAUGCAUUCUGUAGAAGAUCUGCUAAUCGACAGAAUGACUUAAGUACCAUGGAAUUAUGUUGAAAUCACAAUUGUCGGCUCAAUGCAGAGUUAAUGAAAAUAGUUUGUCGUUCCACACAGAAUUGUGCCACUUGGGGAAGUGUCUACAAUAACCAAACCAUUGCCUUCCUCAGAAAUAUCUAGCUAGGCCUGCACACCCACAAAUAGUUUGCUGAACUGUACUGUUUGGUUUGACAAUUAUCUGUACUUGAGGCAUCCUGUAAUCUAUUGUUUUUCAUUUGGUUGUGAAUCUGGUAUUACAGGCUAAUAACAUUAAUUGCAUUGACAUUUGGUACCUAAUAUCAGGUUUAUAGAGGAAAAACGAAGACUUCCUUUAGACCUUCUAGUCAAUCAAUUUCCUAUUGAAAAUGUUCAAUACAACCAAACACAAAAUCAUGUUCUGUGAUAAGGUCAUCGACUACUGAGUGGACAUUUUGUCUCAUAAUUUCAUUACUGUAUUGCCUUUUAAAAGGACGUCCACACAUGAGCAAUGCCAUGUCAUUAUAAGAGCUAACAAAUUGUUUAAAGAUAAUUGAUUUAGUACAAAGAUUUUGAUAUUGAGAACCAUUUCAUUAUUGGAGAAGGUGGAUUGCAUGGCUUUUUGUGCCCCCAAAUAUGGCAACCUUGUUAUAGAAAUCAAACCUGUCCAACAAAAACAAACCUACCUGCACAGGUGGCCCAACCUCCAUUCCUUCAUCUCUGAAAAUGAAUCCUUUCACAAUACAGCACAGCUCUGUAAGAGUGAUUGUGAAUGGAGUUGUUAUUGUAUUUUAAAAUAUACCUAUUUUAAAAUGUAAUGUAUGAAAUCAGAUUUUUAGUGUAGGCAUAGACUAUGAAAUGUAUAACUACGCUGAUUUCUUUCUACGUUUCCAAGUAAACUUUAGCUAAUAACAAGCGGGAACAAAUUGUAGAGUCUGUCAUUGUCUUUUCUUAUGAUUUUCUUUAACUUUUUAUAUAUUUUUUAAAAAUAAUUUAUAUGUAACAAGUUAUGUUUUUAUUGGGUUUUCAUUUGCUUCAUUAGUGAAGAUGACACAUUUUUAUUGGUAUGAAAGCCUUUUAGUGGCUAAUAAAAAUGAGCAAGCAUUUAAGGAAGGUCUUUGUGCAUUACAGUUGUUCUGAAUGGGCACCUGUUUUUGGACUGUGUUAUUUCUGUGUUCGUGACCAAGUGGGAAGGUGGUAUUUAUCACAUACAACUCGGGGAAAUCCACUUGAACACCCAUCCAACUCGUAAUUACUAGUGGAAAACCAUAGAGAUAGUUAGAGGACACAACAUGGUAUCGGUCCAAUUAUGGCAUCUGUGAGAGCAUGGGCUGUGCCCUCGAGGCCAUCUCCAUUUUGAAGUAGUACAUGUUCUUCUACUCCUAGGAGCUGGUUAACAAACUGAAGGGUGAAUUCAUGCAAACUGGAGUGUGUUGUUUGAACAGGUAUAAAGCCAAAGUUGGCAAUUUACUGUCCACCUGCAGUUAUGAAAUGUUUGCUCACAAGUGUAACUCAUUGGCUGAUCACUCCUGAUGACCUGGAUGGAAAUAUAUAAUAUUUCCUUAACCAUUAGGAAGUCCCACCCAGUUGACUACUUCAAAAUGGUGAAAAUCCUAAUGGCGCUGCCCAUGCUAAAACUUGCUUUUGGUCACAAGAGGCCUCUAUCUCUGUGGGAAACUCGUCUAUCACCCCUGAUCACAGACAUCACCCACAUUCUGACCUUGAUAACAGCAUUUUCGGCAGUUACAGUGCCUUGAGAAAGUAUUCGCCCCCUUGAACUUUGCGACCUUUUGCCACAUUUCAGGCUUCAAACAUAAAGAUAUAAAACUGUAUUUUUUUGUGAAGAAUCAACAACAAGUGGGA